AUGAGCAACAUCAAGCCCAAUGUUGAAAUAGACAAGCUAAACUGGGACACUGCAGAAACAGAGGUCCGGAGAAUAGUCUACGAUCUCAUAACUCCAGUUGCCAAACAACUAACUCAACAAGAGAUCUCCCUCAGAGAAUUUAGAGAUGUGUUCAAAGAGAACAACCAGCGUCUUAAAGAACUAGAAACCGCCGUACUAGAAGCUGAUAAAAAGGAGACAAUGUUUGAUAAAAUGGAUCAAAAGAUCGAAGCUGUAAAAAUAAUGAUCCACGAGAGCAACCAAAAUUCUGACCGAAAGAUUAACACCCAAAACGAGUCCUUCAAUGAUAUAGUUUUCAGAGUGAGAAAUGCCAUGGGGGAAUUCAAGACUAUUAAAGAGCAAUCAGAGAUUCUCAUGAAGCAAUUUCUUAAAUAUCAGGAGGAAAAUAUAAAAUCUAAGAAGGAAAUCAUUACUAAUUUUGAUAAACAAGUAGAGAAGCAAGCCCAGGAUUAUAUAAAGUUCAACGAGAGACAAACCAAGCUUGAGAAAGCCCUAGAUCAGCGACUAAUUCAACUGGAUUCCUGUCUGGUCAAGAUCGCUCAAGAGGAAGCCCUCAGUGAAGAAUUUAAGAAAGAGCUUAAUGAGCUGAACGAAUACUGCUUCCAGUUAGAGAAUGACAAACUUGACAAAGUUACCCAUGAAGAGAGGGUAAUCGAUAUGUAUGCUGAAAUCCGAAAGCUAAGAAUAGAGGUACAACAAGCCAACUCAGAUGUAAUCACACUUGAAAAUUUCUGUGAGAAAUAUGUCCCUCUUCAGACACAGAACUUAAUCUCCAAAACACUUCACGGAUUCUUAAAUGAGAUACAGAAGUCGAGGCUUGAAGAUUUUGAGGUUGGCAUCUUUGCAAAAAUGCAUGACAAUGUCCUUGACGAUGACGGUGAGCCUAAUCUCGACAAAGAGAAAGAGACAAUCAUCAGUGAGGUCAACAUAAAAUUAGAGGAGUUAAAAUAAACUAUACCAAGAAAGACACCUUGAGGCUAACUUUGGUGGUAACUAUGACACAGACAGCGAUGACCCUAACAAAAAGAAGGAAGAGAAAGACAUUGUUGAGGUGUUCAAGGAGCAAAUUCAAGCACUUCAGGAACAGCUGGAUGAAAUACCUCAAAAACUUAGAAAUCUAGGAGAUCAGUUGGACGAUGGAAUUAAGAACUCUAAUAUUAUGACAGAGAAAAGACUCACGAUCCUUGAUCACCAAGUCAAUGAUGUUAGUGAAGAACUUGAAAAACAUAAGGAAGUUCUAUUUAAUGAUAAGAAGGAAAUGAUCAAAAGAGUUAAGGAAAACACAAAAUUAAUGAAGGUAUUCCAAGAAGACUAUAUUCCAAAAUCUGAAAUGAUAAGGUCUCUCUCAGGUACUACAGCCUGUAUUCUGGAAGCAUUAUGUAUCAAAGCAUGCAGAGACUCUGCUAAAGAAGAGCUUGAGCUUGAAAUUGAGAAGAUCAAGACAGAAAAUUUACUCAUUGAAAACUCUUUCCCUCUAUUGAAAAGAGAUCCGACUGCAUUGACCAUUCCAACUUUGAGCACUGAUAGUAAGAGCAAAGGCUUCCAAGACAUUUAUCUUUACAGAGAUAUACCUAUUCAUAUCAGUCAGGAUAGGAAUGACGAGAAGGAUAUCAUUAAUGUCUACUACAAACUGCUCAGCACUGCAAGUAGCAUCUAUAGCAAAAAUAUUAACUUCAAAAAGGCAGGAUAUGAACUUCAAGCUGUAUUCAGCAGAGCCCUAAACAAAAAGAUUUUCCAACCAAAAAGAGUUAAGCAAGUUUCAAAAUCAGAGCUCAAAUCUCAGAACUCUCAUACCAGCUUGUUUAGGUCUCAGGCUAACUCCCAAAGGUACAGCAAGAUUGAGAUAAGCACGAGAAAAUUGAGCUUAAAGAGAAAAUUUAACCACUCAACUAUCAAAAACUCAACUCCUCUUAAAAUCAACAAGACGUUUGAGAAAUCCAAGAAAAGUUUAAAAGCCAACCUAGAUCUAUCAGCAGAUAUGCAGCUAGAUUCUAUCAAAAAUGAGAGUCUGAUGAUUUCCUCCAAGAAGGUAAACAAGGAGAGUAGUCCUCUUCUAAAGAACCAGAAGCUCAGCAUUCUCCCUGAUAUUGGCAAGAAGUAUCCCAAAAAUCCACUUGAUUAA